UUUUUUUAAAGGACAAUAAUAGUAACUGUAAAUAUAUAAAUAUUUAUUUUUAUUUAUUUAUAUAUUUCACAUUUUCUUUUGCUAAAUAAAAAUGUUUGAUAAUAAUAAAAAGGAAAAAAUAGCCCUUAUUUUAGUGGAUAUACAGAAUGACUUUCUUGAAAAUGGAUCACUUGCAGUAGCUCACUCACUCGAUAUUUUAAAGCCAGUUAAAAAGCUUAUUCAACAAGUGAAAGAAAAAGACGGUUUAAUUGUAGCUUCACAAGAUUGGCAUCCUAAAGAUCAUAUCAGUUUUGCAUCCAAUCAUUCAGACAUAAAUGUAUUUGAAACGAAAGAAAUUGAAUAUGAAGGAACUACAAUAACUCAGGUUAUGUGGCCUGACCAUUGCGUACAAAACUCUUUAGGUGCUCAAAUCUCAGAAGAAAUUGAUAUAAAAGAUAUUGAUUUUAUAGUCAAAAAGGGCGUAAAUCCUUAUGUUGAUUCCUAUGGUGCAUUUGCAGAUAAUAAUUAUUCAGAAAUAACUUCCUUGGCAAAAAUAUUAUAUCAGCAUUUUAUUGAUACUGUAGUCAUUGUAGGUCUUGCUACAGAUUAUUGUGUUAAAUAUACCUGCUUAGAUGCUAUCAAGUUUGGUUUCAAGACUAUACUUGUUAAAGAAGGAACGAAGCCUGUCAAUGCUGAUCAAUUGGAAGCUACACUUUCUGAGCUAGCAGCAAAAGGAGUAAUCAUAGUUUAAUCUUUUUUUCUUAAAAAAAAAAAAUGUCUGGCAUGUGAUAAAAUUAAUGCCCAGCAGCACUAAAUAAUAAU